AUGAUCAUACAAUAUUGCCUACUGAUAUUAAGGUCAAAGCUGAAUUUUAUAAGGUCUGUCUACUCAACCCUCUCAAAGAUGCCAAUUAAGUCUAUCAAAGCUCGUCAAAUUUUCGACUCUCGUGGGAACCCCACCGUGGAGGUUGAUCUAGUAACAGAUCUUGGCUUAUUCCGUGCGGCAGUGCCAUCUGGCGCAUCAACUGGUGUCCAUGAAGCCUUAGAAUUGAGGGACAAUGUCAAAGCUGAAUAUCAUGGAAAAGGUGUUCUGACAGCCAUCAAGAACAUUAACACAGCAAUUGCACCAGAACUUGUUAAACAGAACUUUGAUGAAACACAGCAAAAAGAGAUUGAUCAGUUCAUGAUCAAGCUCGAUGGUACCGAGAACAAGUCCAAACUAGGAGCGAACGCCAUCUUGGGUGUUUCCCUGGCUGUCGCUAAAGCAGGUGCUGCCAAAAAGGGUGUACCUCUUUACAAGCACUUGGCUGACUUGGCUGGAAAUAGCGAAAUUAUUCUCCCAGUACCGGCCUUUAACGUCAUCAACGGAGGCUCCCAUGCUGGGAACAAACUUGCUAUGCAAGAGUUCAUGAUUUUGCCAACGGGAGCAUCAUCCUUCAGCGAGGCAAUGCGCAUGGGUUCAGAAAUCUACCAUCACCUAAAGAAGAUUAUUAAGGAGAAGUUUGGAUUGGAUUCAACAGCUGUUGGUGAUGAGGGUGGUUUUGCUCCUAACAUUCAGAACAACAAAGACGCUCUGUUUUUGAUUCAAGAUGCUAUUCAGCAGGCUGGAUAUACAGGAAAGAUUGAGAUUGGUAUGGAUGUUGCUGCUUCAGAAUUCUUUAAGGAUGGCUCAUAUGAUCUUGACUUUAAGAACCCAAAGUCUAACCCAGCCGAUUUUCUCUCAUCUGAGAAACUCGCUGAUGUGUACCUCGAUUUCAUUAAAGACUUUCCAAUGGUAUCCAUCGAAGAUCCUUUUGAUCAGGAUGACUGGUCUGCUUGGUCCAAUUUUACUGGACGCACUUCCAUUCAGAUUGUCGGUGAUGACCUUACUGUGACCAAUCCAAAACGUAUUGCAACUGCUGUGGAAAAGAAGGCUUGCAACUGUCUUCUUCUUAAGGUAAACCAGAUUGGAAGUGUUACCGAGUCGAUUGAUGCCCAUUUGCUGGCCAAGACCAAUGGAUGGGGUACCAUGGUUUCCCACAGGUCUGGUGAAACUGAAGACACUUUUAUUGCUGACCUUGUAGUAGGUCUGUCCACUGGUCAGAUCAAAACAGGCGCUCCGUGCCGAUCUGAAAGAUUGGCUAAAUACAACCAAAUUCUUCGCAUUGAAGAAGAAUUGGGCGCGGCAGCUAAGUACGCGGGCAAAAAUUUCCGCAGACCCGUCUAA